AGAGUUUCCGAGCAAUUUCUAGUAAUGGCGUGUUGGGAAUCUACUAUUUUCCGUAUAUUUUUUUGGACUUCCUCGCUUCUCCCCUAUUGUUACUCAUCCCUCCCCCACAAUUCCGUUAGGUUUAAAGGCCCAUUAAAGGUACAUGCGAAUGGUAUGCACAAUGUGAGAAUUACGUACAAUGGAGCAGUUGACGGGCAGCUUUCAAUCCACUAUGGCUCAUGCAAUUUGAAGGCAAAAGAGGAGGCCCAUCAUUGUCUUGGGGAAACCCACAUUGGCGACCACCCGUUGGCGAAGAGGCACGUGAAUUGGGACGAUCGGCGGCCUACCAAAUUCGUAUGGUUACCUCUAGUAGACACUCCUGAUGCUGGAUGUCUGCACGCAUUUAUUGGAGAUGAAUUGGUUGGUCGCUCCACACCUGUCACCGUUAGGAAGCCAAUGGAACGGCGAUCAACGGCGUUCGCAGAUAUUGCGGAUGCCAUGGGCCCGUGGUUCGAUGGUGUGGCCUAUCUUCAAGAAAAAGAGCCGGAUCACGUCUUCGUUUCUAGUGCAAAAUCGAAGCUUAUUGGGAUUAUAGGGGGCGGAAUGUCUGGGUUGAUGAGCGCUUACUUACUCGAUUCGGCUGGAAUCCACGAUUGGAAGAUUUUGGAGGCAUCUGGACGCAUUGGAGGUCGUGUUCACACCACAUACCUGAAUGGCUCAAAAUCGAGUGAUUAUCAGUACCAAGAAAUGGGUCCAAUGCGUUUUCCUGUCAGCAUAACCGAUCCUGAUACGAAUGAAACGAUCCAGAUACUUGAUCAUCGAAUGGUGUUCCAGCUGGCUGAUGCCUUGAACAGGAUGAACCUACAUGAUCCGGACUACGCCGUUAACUUCAUCCCGUGGAUUCAGAGCAGCAAGAACCAACCUGUGUCAACAUCAAAGCGACGAGCAGAUGGCACUAUCCCAGGUGCUGCAGAAGUAGCAGCAAGCCCCAGCCUAAGGGACAAUGUCACAGCCACUUAUGUUAAUGCGACAGCUGUAGAAGAAGCUUCAGCUGCUUUCGAGGAAUGGAUCGAUCUGGACACCAAGAAAAUUAAAUCUAUGGCCUCGAACGUCUUCAAAGCACACAAGGCUGCUGUUGCGGCAGGAAAUUUCAACUUCUCAGAGUCCGCGUAUCUUCGCUACGUUCUUAAUACCGACUUGAACGUUACCGAUCUGGUUGACUCUACUUCUGAUGUGUACCCGUCGUGGGAGUACGAGACUGUAUACUUCUCAGCUACAACAUGGAGGACAAUUGAUCAAGGUCUUACCAGACUUCCUCGGGCCUUUGGUCCUCUAGUACUUAAUCGAACGAUGUUUCAAACCAAAGUGCAAGAAAUGUCUUGGAAUACCAGCACCGAAAAGAUGACCGUAAAAUGGCGACCAGGCAAUCCAUUUAGCAUGGAAACAGCGUCCAUGGACUUCGACUACACAAUCGUGGCCGUACCCUUCUCCAAAGUCCGACUCUGGAGACUUCCAACCUAUACCUCACUCCUCACUCGGGCAAUCAACACACUCAACUACGAGCAAUCCUGCAAAGUCGCACUCCACUACAAAACCCGAUUCUGGGAGCAUCUCGACCGCCCAAUCCUCGGCGGCUGCGGCAGCACAAACAUCCCCGGCAUCGGCUCUGUCUGCUUCCCCUCUUACAAAAUCAACUUCUCCGGACCCGGGGUGCUCCUUGCAUCCUACUCCUCUGGCACUCCAGCCCGCACAUUAGGCUCUAUGACCGAAACCGAGCACGUCGCACUGGCGCAGCGUGCCAUGAUAGAGGCCUUCGGUACCGUUGCUAAAGAUCAGUUCACAGGCGCGUAUGAUCGCAUCUGCUGGGAGAACAACGAAUUCCAGGCUGGGGCGUGGUGUUCGCCUAUGCUAGGGCAGCAAGAGCUAUAUCUUCCAGCCUAUUAUCACACGGAGAGGCAUACCGUGUUUGUGGGAGAGCAUACGAGCUUCACACAUGCUUGGAUUUGGAGUGCGUUAGAGAGCGCGGUCAGGGGAACUUCGCAGUUGUUGUUAGAUAUGGGGUUGGUGGAUGAGGCGAGGGAGAUUACGCAAACUUGGAUGGCGAGGUGGAUUAGCAUGUAGAUAUGAGCGCUGCUACACGGAAGCUUUACUUAGACUACUAGGAUAUGACUCUUACGGUUUAACCUACGUCGAGCACCUGCCAUUAUGCCAGGUCUCAUGUCCCUGGGCGCCGAAUAUUGCGCCAGUCGCUCAUCUGCAGCUAUAUUUUCGUCAUAUCAAAUUUCCGAAGGCCUUGCCAUGUUCUUGACAACUUUGUAAUGGGCAUACUACAUUCUUCCCGAACUCGACUCUCUAGCUU